AUGGAUCGACCAACGCAUCUCAUCCGCUUGGCUCCCUACUCCUCUGCUGCGCCCGGCCCAUUGGGCUCCCAGCACCGGAGGUUAACGCGGCACGGCUUCUUGAGCAAUCACUGGGGUCUCCUAGGACACCGUAAGACAAGAGCUUCCUCGAUCCUUGGCCCUGGGUCUACCAGAAUGGCCGCGGAAAGAGUCCGCUUCCGUUCCACACCACGGCAGCUGUCGGAGCCGGGGACGAUCAACUGCGAAGAGCUGCGGCAGACCCUUGAUCAUAACUUUGCCGUCAUCCAACUCGAGUUUCAUCGCGUCUUAAGCGGCAUACAACAGUUGGAAAAAACAGCAGAAAGGGCAUCCCAACAGUUCAUAGAGCGCCUCGACAAGCUCCUUGAGCAAUGCGGUCAACCCGGCAUUACCGAGCGCAAGCAGACAGCCCAUGACGCCGAGGUGGCUGCCUUAGAGUCGGAGCAUCGCCUUCGGAUGGAAAAUCUACAAAGAGAAAUGGCCAAGGACAAGGAGACACUCGCGAGCAUGGAGAGGCAUUUGCGGCUUUCCCAGAUGCAUGCGCAGAUGCUGGAGAAAGAAAUACAAGAAGCUGAACGCGCAGCAGACGCACAAUCCAAGAGGACUGGUGAGCCCCAGGAAUUACUGGACCCGGAUGAGGCCAUUAGAUCCGCAUUUCUGGGCCUCAGGGAGUCCAUACUGGGCUUCACUGAGAGUUCUGCGCUACAACUCGGCAAACUGCCGAACACUGCGGUCGGCGCAGACGAGCUAUUCCAUCCUAGAACCUGGAACCGCGCAAGCGGGCAGCAGCGGAGAUGGCGGGUCAUGGCUAAGAUCUUCCAUCUGCUCUUUCGCCGGAUUCUGCGGCCGGGGCUUCGUAUGUUCGGGCUCCAGGCGUUCCUCAGGAGUGAUGAGCACCAUUCUAUCUCGGCCUCCGAGGCCCAUCUUCGCGCUCUGGAAAAGGAACUGGCAGCUCGGGGAGUUGACCGCUCACUUCUAGAGAAUUGGAUAGCCUCAACCAUCGACAUCACAUCACCUCUCAGAGACAUCCCAGGUAACAUCGAGGGAAUCACAAAUGAAAUCUUCGAGGCCCUGAAGCCCGUGGUACGCUUCACCUUUCACCGUAACGCAGACAAGGUGAGAGGGCAAAUCUCAGCAAUUUGCGAGCAAGCGGUCAAGUUGAAGUUGGCCAUAAGGAGAGCGCCAUACAUAUACAAAGUCGAAGUUCCUUCUCGCGACGUAAAGAAGUGGGGCGAGCCCGGUUGCGAUCAGGAGACGCGGGCUCUCGGGCCAAAAGCGUGGCUCUCGGUGGUAGACCACGAGCGCGAGCCCGACGAGGAGGACGAGACUGGCGAUGCGCCACCCAGGCGGGCAACUGGGGAUAUUUCCUGCAUCCCCUUCGGUGCCCUGACCAAGCUGGAUACUGGCGAAAAUGGCGAGAAGAAGAAGGUCGUCUUGGAACAGGCGUGGGUAAUCUCGAGAGAAGCGGGCGGUGGGCUGAAGCGGAAGGCCACGGUGCUAGUCGACGAGGGAGAGGAGCAGCCGAAGAAACGCGUCAGCCCCAAUCGCGGGAUCUCACCAGCUCACCUAGCUAGGAUCAAGGCAUUGAUGGGCGAAGGAUGA